GUACAGUAGAAGCGCAUGCAAGUGCGUGUUCGGAGGAUGAAACGCGAGAAAAUACAGCGAUUGGAGUGGACCAACUCGAAUAUUGUUGCCUUAUUGCUACGAAGUGGCCGCGUUUUUGGAUCGUUGUCUUGCGGUCAAGGCACAAGUUGGUUCUUCGUACUCGCGUUUGAAGGAGCAAUUGAGAGAUAAGAUAAUACGCAGUAGAGAUGUGAGACAUUUAAUGGACCCCGCUUCCUUCGGAUCAUGGCGCACUUGGGGCUGAGUGGCGUCCGAAACCAGGGGAUUCAACUCGUGUCUGAACAGUUGCUGUGUCUAGCUAAUUGUUUGUCAUGAAUCUAUUAAUACUAUAUUAAGAAGAGAGUACAACUCUAGACACAUUGCUCUUCAACAAUCUCUACGACUGAACGCGUUUUGACGCAUUUCUGCUAUUGUUUGUUUUGAUUUCAGCUUUGAUUUUGCAAAAAUGUUUCGGCGGGCAGUGGUUGUCUUCGCCAUCCUUGCCGCACUCGUUGGUGUCUUUCUUGCCAGACAGGCUACUCAAGAAGAUGAAGUGUUGAUCAGUGGCCGCAACAACACGGUUCUUAUCGUCACAGACAGCCAUCACGGGCUGUGCAACGCGCACCUGGCCACGGUCUCGGCACUGGUAGAGAACCACCCGUCGGUUGAGGUACACUAUGCUUCCUUCUCCGGCAUAGCAUCGGACAUUGAGCGUAUCUCGGAAAAUGCCAAAGCAUUCAACCCGGAGGCAAAGAUACACUGGCACCAAUUCGAGGGCCCGAGCAUCGUGGACGAAAUCAAGGCCAUGGGCAGCUUGUUGGAGAUUGUGACACCGCCGGGAAUGGCUGGGCUGAAGGCGUUUGCAAAGAUGGUCCCGUUCUUCAUGACGGCAUGGUCAGACGAAGCACAUUUGAGUCUGUAUCAACAAACUGUGGACAUUAUCCAAAAGGUUGAUCCUGCUGUUGUGAUUCUCGAUUCAUUGCUCCGACCAAGUAUCGAUGCUGCUGUGAACCUCAAUCGAACGCGCGCCUACAUCACUCCGAAUGCGUUGGUGGAUCUUGUGAGCGCCGUACAACCCCUAGGAGGGCACUUUUGGAAAUAUCCUGGGAUUGCUUCGGGUCUUCCUUUCCCUAUCCCCUGGAAAGACAUCCCGACCAACAUGUAUCAGCAACUGUACUUUAUCAUUAAGUUCCUCACGUCUCCAGCUAUCAAGAACAAGCGCUCCUCGCUCCAGGCGAAGGGAAUCCCACAAGCCGUCAACCUCUUUGAAAUGUAUCGAAAGGACGUUCCGUGGAUCGCCAUGAGCUACCCCGAAGCAGGCUACCCCCUCGAAUACAUCCCGGAUAACUUUCGUAUAGUUGGCCCUCUGGUCCUCGACGUGGCGCCGGCUGAGACACAGAGCGCCGAGCUGACGGGUUGGAUCAAGAAGGCGCCGACGAUCCUCGUCAACUUGGGUAGCGCAUUCCGAUAUGAGGAGCCGAGGGCUGUUGUCAUGGCGGAGGCGAUUGCUGCCGUGUUGGAUGCCACGGAUGUGCAGAUCCUGUGGAAGCUACGCAAGGCGAGUAAGUAUAGCGAUGACUUCUUGGGACCGGCGAAGAAGUAUGUUGAUGAGGGUCGGCUGAGGCUGGAGAUGUGGCUGGAUGUUGAUCCGACGUCUUUGUACAACACUGGAGAUAUUGCAGUGUCGGUGCAUCAUGGAGGUGCCAACUGCUUCUACGAGACGGUCCUGGCCGGCAUCCCGAGCGUCGUGCUUCCGCUAUGGGCAGACCAUUACAACUACGCACAGACGGCAGAGUAUCUUGGCGUCGGCAUCUGGCCCAACAAGAAGACUGCUCCAGACUGGGAGGCUGCAGCCUUGGCCGAAGCAUUCCUGGAGGCGUUGAGUGGCAACAAGAGCAUCACGAUGCGCCAGAAUGCCAAGGCGAUUGCGCACAAAGGACACGAAUAUGGGGGCCGAAAGCUGGCAGCUCAACUGGUUGCUGAGAUGGCGGCAGGUGGAAAAUGAAGAAAGACUAGACGAUACACUUUCAUACAAUGCACAUGGUGGUGUUUGCUCUUUGGCAAAGUGAACAUGGAUGUACACACAUGUGUGUCUUGGCUUAUGUAGUUGCUCAUAUAUCACAGACGUUAGCAGGGCGCUUAGGAGGACCACCUGAUGGCUCCCGGACUUUGGGAUUUGCUCUUGAUUGAUCGCUUCCCAGAGAUCUGGUGCCCCAGCUUUCUCCACACUUUAGGGGUGCGGAGGUUAGUUUCGGGUCUGCGGUUGGUCAGGCAAGAUCAUGAGAUUAGAGUGUGCGGGUUUUAGCCUUUUGUGGCGGCAUUGAUGUUUGGGAUCUGCUGAUGAUGGCGAAUUGUGUCGGGAGGAAUAGAACAAGGUUAAUAGAAUGUUAAAAUUCCUUUAUCGCAUUCCUCAACAGGAUGAG